GUCACUCGGCAUAGGUUCUUGGUUCUUAGUCCUUGCACUUCAUUCAGUCGACACUUAAGCGCACGUUCUUGUUCACGCAAUUAUUUUUUCAUCGGGUCUACUCAUAACGAAAAUUAUUUCAUAAUUGCUCUAACACAACCAGUUUUUCCAUUUAUCGCGCGUUCUCCAUACCUGAACAGUUGCAUGAACAGUGUUUGAUUUCUUCUCAGAAAGAAGAUGGAAGUGUUUAGCGAAAAGUGCGAAUCACCCCUGUACGAUUAUCCAUGUAACAAGGUGAUCACGAAAGGAUUAACGCUGAAGGAAGUUAUUCAACAUUUGAACGAGGCAUUUAAGUCCGAUAAUGUCAAUAUUGACAGGGUUAAGGAUAUUAUGGCCGCUUACAGGAGCAAUCCACAGGAAUGGAAAAAAUACGCUAAAUUUGACAGAUACAGAUACACCAGAAAUCUGGUAGACGAGGGAAAUGGAAGAUUCAAUCUAAUUGCACUUUGUUGGGGAGAAGGACAUGGAUCAGCGAUUCAUGAUCAUGCUGAUGCUCAUUGCGUGAUGAAAAUCCUUCAAGGGGAAUUAUGCGAGACGACUUAUGCAUGGCCAGCAAGGAAAAAAGAUGGAGAUUGUUCCGAAGCGCCACAAGAACUUCGAGUGAUUGGGAAAACUACCUUUGGACUCAAUGAUGUUGCUUAUAUCAAUGAUAAUAUUGGACUUCACCGCGUGGAAAAUUCCAGCACAGUUAAUCCCGCUGUUUCCCUACAUUUAUAUUCGCCACCAUUUUCAUCAUGCUCGGUUUUCAAUAAACAAACUGGUCAGAGUUCUCCCUGUAAGGUCACCUUUUGGUCCAAGUACGGAGAGCACCGUAAUCGGGAGAUUCAAGAUAUGAGGGCUUCCGAGGACAAUUAAUUUUCAAAUAAAGAAUAGUGAACGAUCUAAAACGAAUACUUUCAUAUAUUAACGUUUACAAAAUAUAAACCGAAUAUCUUCUUUUACUAUGCUGCAAGUCUUAGACUCUCCUAAACAAAAUUUUAUUUACAGAUUUUGACAAACUAUAAGCUGAUAAUUUUCUAAUGACCAGAAAAUGUGAUCAAUAUCGUAACUGUACAAAUUUUUAAAAAAAUUGUACCGAUUAGUGUAAUGAGGAGAGAGAGAAAGAUAUUUAUGCAAUGUAGAGAACAUUUGAUAGAAAAUUAUUUAAAAAUUGACUGAAAAAUUAUUUGUUCGAUUGCGGUUUUAUUAUAAAGAAGAUUUAUAAAUAUGAUAAAUUAUUAGGAGUUGAGUGUAAUUUUAUUUUUAAGUAAAGAUUCAUUUUUCUAUGAUUAAAACAUUAUUUGAAUGAAAUAUAAUAACAUCGAUUUUAUUGAUUCAUUUGAAGAUGCGAAUAAAACUGAAAUUGUAUU